AUGCCAAGGCACGAUGGCGAGGUUGAGCUGCCGAAGAAACACCAUCGCCAUCAAGCCAAACAUAUAGGGAACAACCAUGUGAAGAAACUGAAGAAGCACCAUACUGUGAGCCAGCUCAAAGUUAACGAGAUCAAGGAGAUCCCCAAUUGCAGGGUGGAGUAUACUUGCGAUGCUCACAGAACACGGUCCUUUGGAGACUAUGCGCGGAAACACAUUGCCGUCUACACUUACAACAUUGGCUCUUACGAAGGUGGCAUGAGGAAUGAGGAUGUACCAUGUGUCCCGAGCAAUGUGGAUGCUUUUUUAUUUCUUGAUGAUGACACAAAGCAGCGCUCGGACUCCAAUGCCUUGAACCUGUGGAAGAAGCAGGGCUGGCAAGUCAAGUCCAUUUCCUUACAGGCUGGCAGCGAGUUUGUCACCGGCGCACGGCUGACAUCGAAAUUGCUAAAGUUCACUCCUCCGACGUGGCUUGUGCAUCCUGUCUGA